UUCUCACUCAUUCUUCUCUUUGUCUUGCCUUCACAAAGCAAAAACCAAAGAAGAUUAAGAUUCAUCCAGAUCCUUUCUUUGAUUCUUGUGCUAUUCUCUUUCAUUGAGUUAAUGUUUUUGUCUUUCAUCUCUCUCUUUUUUCUUUUUUUUUUCAAUUGUGGGAUUUUUAGCUCAUUUCCUUUGUUCAGGCUCACAAAUGCAAAUGAAUGGCUAUCCAUAAUCACCAAGUCACAAUCUUCCUUUGUGCUUGAAAUUGUGGUCUGAGUGUUCCUUUCUCAACAUGGCUACCACACUGUGUGUGUCCAAAAGUAUGGGAUACACCUUGUUCUUGAACUCCUCCUUCCUCGUUGUGAUUUGUUCUUUCGUGAUUAUUCAUUUCCACACACAAGAAGUUGUAGUUGUGAGCAAAACCAAUGUCUCUGAUGGCAGCACUGAAAAAGACUGCAAUAACUUAAACAGCCAUGGUGACUACAAAGCCAAGUGCUUGAAGCUGAAAUUGAAUGACCCUUGUGUCUCUCAGGGCUAUAUUUAUUAUCUCUACCUUUUCUAUUGCAAUUUUGGGAGAUUCCCUUCAUUGGGUUACACCCUUUUAUUUCUUUGGCUCUUAGUUCUUUUUUAUCUGUUGGCUAAUACAACUUCUGAAUACUUUUGUCCCUCCCUUGAGAACCUAUCCAAAUUACUGAGGUUGUCCCCUACCAUUGCUGGAGUCACCCUUCUGUCUCUUGGUAAUGGUGCUUGUGACGUUUUCUCAAGCCUUGUCUCUUUCCAGGGAAGUGGGACCCGCAGCAUUGGCUUUAACACGGUUCUUGGGGGUGUUUCUUUUGUGUCUUGUGUUGUGGUGGGGACUGUAACCAUUGCAAUACGUCAAAGAGGGGUUCAAGUUAUUAAGUCUGCGUUUGUGAGAGACGUUUGUUUUCUUCUUUUGGUUCUUCUGGCCUUGUUUGGUAUUUUGAUCAAUGGUAAGAUCAAUGUUAUUGGAGCUAUUGGUUUUACUUUGUUGUAUGUGGUGUAUGUAAUUAUUGUUUAUAUCUCUUCUACACGGUGGAAGGAAGGUGGUGGUGGUGGUGGUGGUGAUGAUGCUGAAAGGGGUGGUAUUGGUAUUUCAAGUUAUGGCAAUGAUUUGAGUGUGCCUCUUCUUAGUGGUGUGAGGAAAGGACCAAUUGAUUGUGUUGAAAAUGGUGGUCCAGAAUAUGGCCUGAAUAUCAAGAAGCAUUGUUGUUGUGUGAGAUCUUCAAUUUGUGGAAUGUUACUUUAUGUUCUGGAGAUGCCCCUUUACUUGCCUAGGAGAUUGACAAUUCCUGUUGUGAGUGAAGAAAAAUGGUCAAAGGUGUAUGCAGUUUUUUCAGUGAUAUUAGCACCACUUCUCUUGUCAGUCCUGUGGAGUCCUUACAGUGGAAACAGUUUCUUCAGCAAGAAUCUUAUUGUUGAUGGAAUUGGAUUAUUGAUUGGGAUAAUAUUUGGUGUGACUGCAUUUUUCACAACUGAAAUGUCAAGGCCACCAAAGCAGUGCUUAUUUCCUUGGCUUGCAGGGGGUUUUAUAAUGAGUGUGACUUGGAGUUACAUUAUAGCUCAAGAGUUAGUGGGGUUGCUGGUUUCAAUUGGCUACAUUUGUGGAAUAAAUCCUUCAAUACUUGGGUUAACAGUUCUUGCCUGGGGGAACUCACUUGGGGAUUUGAUGACAAAUUUAACAAUGGCUCUAAAUGGUGGGCCAGAGGGUGCUCAAGUAGCAAUAUCAGGUUGCUAUGCUGGUCCUAUCUUCAAUACCCUCAUUGGUUUGGGCUUGUCUCUUGUAACUUCUACAUGGUCAGAGUACCCUCAACCUGUUUUGAUCCCCAGAGAUCCAUAUCUCUGGGAGACAAUGGUAUUUUUGGUGGUUGGAUUAGUUUGGGCACUUGUGGUUUUGGUAAGAAGAAAUAUGAAACUUGAUGGACUCUUAGGAGGAGGGCUUUUAGUUGUUUACUUCAUUUCUCUUUUUCUAAGGCUGAUUCAGACAACAGGGUCUCUCCAAUAGUCUAAUUUUAUGAUUUCUUAGUCUUUGAUUCGUAGUAUUUACAAGACCACGACUUAUUUGUCAUCGGAUUCUUGAAGGUAUCGUCGAAAGUAUCAUUUUCUGUGGAACUAGAUUUUGCAACUAUGAUAGAUAGGUGUAAAUUUCCUAGUUGUAUAAUUCUCACACCUACUACCAAGCUUUACUUACUGGCUUAUGGCCUUUCUUGUACCUACACUUCAUUGAAUCAUAAUUGAAAUGCUAUUCAG